UUAGAGACAGCAACUCCGACUUCAGGUUGGCUAGGGAAACUGAGGCACGACUGGGGAUUUUAGGUGAGGGGUCUAAAGUUGGCCGCAGACUUUACUCCUGUAACUGCGAUAACCCCUAUCGAAAGCCCAGUGUGGUGCGUGCCGAUCUAAGAAACCAGUGGGCCGGUUUGCACAGACAUCUGGGGGAUAGCGAAGCACCGCCCAAGCGGCUGGGAAACCUCAGGGGUGGCGCGGCUGGAGGUGGGGCCAGGGGUGGGUCCUGGCGGAGGGCGGGGCCGACCUGGGCUACCAGGAGUGCCAGCCUAGCCCUGUACAGCAGAAGUGGUGGUAGUCGCCUUUGCCCUUGGUUCUUGUUCUGCUUGCGCUCAACCUCGAAGCCAUGGAGGCACCCCAGGAGCUUCUGAGUGGGAAGCUCCAACUCUGCUUCACCCCCGCUGCCGGGACCAGCCUCCUGAUGCUCAGGCUGAACGACGCGGCGUUGCGGGCGCUGCAAGAGUGUCGGCGGCAACAGGUUCGGCCAGUGAUCGCUUUCCAAGGCAACCGAGGGUAUCUAAGGUUCCCAGGACCUGGCUGGUCCUGCCUCUUCUCCUUCAUAGUGUCCCAGUGUGGCCAAGAGGGCCCUGGUGGCUUCGACCUUGUGUACCAACGCUUAGGCAGAUCUGGGCCUAACCACCUCCACUGCCUGGGCCCACUCAGGGAACGCCUCACUAUUUGGGCAGCCAUGGAUUCCAUCCCUGCCCCAUCUUCAGUUCAGAGACACAACCUAACUGACAGUGCCAGAGAUCCUGAGAGUUGGCAGAACAUAGGAGACUAUUCUGAGGAAGACACAGUUUCACAGCCACAAAUGGCACUAAAAGAGGUGCCAGAUCCACUGGCAAGCAGCCAAAGACAGUCACUCCCAGGAUCCUCAGAGGAACACAUGGCACAGUGGGAAGUGAGAAACCAGACCCAUCUUCCAAACAGAGAACCUGAUCAGGCACUGCCUUCCUCAGCUAGCCAGAAACAUUCGGACAAGAAGCGCCCAGCACCUGCAACCACUAGAAAACUAAAAGAAAAGAGGCUCAGAACCCUCCCUUUGGCUCCAAGUCCCCUACAAGCACUGCCCAGUGAGGACCUGCAAGAGGGAGAUUGGGAGCAAGAAGAUAAAGAUGAAGACAUGGGCUCCAGGCUGGAACACAGUCCCUCAGUUCAAGCAGAUUCUGAAUCCCCAAGCCCUGAAGAAGUACCAGAUUAUCUCCUGCAAUACACAGCCAUCCACAGUGCAGAGCAGCAACAUGCUUAUGAGCAGGACUUUGAGAUGGAUUAUACUGAAUACCGCAUCCUCCAUGCUCGUGUUGGGGCUGCAAGCCAAAGGUUCAGAGAGCUGGGAGCGGAGAUCAAGAGAGUUCAGCAAGGAACUCCAGAACAUAAGGUGCUGGAAGAAAAAAUAGUCCAGGAAUAUAAGAAGUUCAGGAAGCGGUAUCCAGGUUACAGGGAAGAAAAGCGUCGCUGUGAGUACCUGCAUCAGAAAUUGUCCCACAUUAAAGGUCUCAUCCUGGAGUUUGAGGAAAAAAACAGGGGCAGCUGAAGCUAUCAGAAGGCUCUUUACCCUCUCUCUGCUCAGUGAGAUAUGAAGGAACAAAGCAACUAUAAACUGCAGAGUGCAAUUGUCUGCUCUUCUUAUUGCUGAGUCCAUGGUGGCAAGUACGAGAGCUCUUCUAUUCUCUUUAAGAUUUCACUUUCACUGUUGUCACAUUUUACUUUUUAGGAUGUGGGCACAGUGCCAAGAUUCCACAACUGUGCCCAGGAGACUAGGAAGAGUAGCAGAGGCUUGGCUUCUUCAUCUUUAGUUCAGCCAAGUCAUUUUCAAAUCCUGAGAAAUGACACCAUUCCCAGGACAAGAUACCUUGAGAACAUUAGAAUUUAGCCUGGUAGCCUCCCUAAAGCAACAGUAGAGAGAACUUUUGGUAACAGAGCUAAAAGAACUUGUAAUACACCUGGAUAUAAUGGAAAAGGGCUUAGUUGUUCCCCAUGUACUAAAAGUAAAUUCUUUUACAAACAUGGCUAAAAAAUGAAAACUGAUUGCUUCUGUG